AUGGAGAAGAAAAUUGGGUGUGUGUAUAAGAUUAAGGAGAGCAGGAGGGGAAAAGGUUUGUCUAAGCCACCUGAUGAAGCAAAAACAAUAAGAGGGGGGUUAUGUUACUUUAAUGAUAAGCAGGAAAGUGCAGCUAGUGUGGCUGGUGAUGCAGAUACGGUAGCUGGUGAUGAGGCCAGCGUGCCUGGUGAUGAAGUCAGCAUGCUUGGUGAAGCAGCCAGUGUGCUUGACGAUGCCAGUUCCUAUGCCAAGGGCAGAGGGAUGAACAGUUUUGAAGCUCCAGAGUGGAGUAGAAAUGUGGACGAUCCACUGUGUAGCCAUUCAAAACUACGGAGCAGUGAUGAAGGACACAGUUACCUCAUCAACAUAGACGUGAAUGACGAAGCAGAUCCGGCAAAGAAGGAGAGUGAAGACGAGCUUAUGCACAUGGGUGUUAGCUUUUCUGAGGAGGUACCCCUGGCGGGAAGAACCGAACAAGAUGCACAAUGCAGUGCUGUUGACGCUGCAUAUUCUGUGUAUGCUACGGGUGCCAUGUGCACGGAUGAAGGCUUGGAGGGUGUCAAUUGGGCCGAUGCUGCUUUGGCAGGUACUGACUCGAACACUGCGAAGAAUACCGCCAAUUGCGCACGCGGCUCCAAUUUCGUAGAGAGUGACAAAGAGGAGCGACUCGGAAGAAUGAACCCGUCCGAACAGAACGACAAGCAGGCAGACAGCGAAGACGACAACGAAAUAAAAAACAUAUUAGACGUGUUGCAGAAUUUAAAAAAAUAUAAUUUUGAUGAUAUGGCCAAUAUUGAUAAUGAUGCACUUUACGAACCACUUGGUGAUGACGCACAAGAUGAAGAAACGGGAAAAAGUAUAAUGGAUCCGUUUGUUCAGGAGAGGAACGCCCCUUUUUUGGAGAGCGCGUAUGUUUUUAACGACCCUACUGGUGAGGCUGCUACUAAUGGUGAAGCAUCUGCCUCUGCUGUGCAGGGCCAUGUGGCUAAUGACAGCAACGAAUGGGAGUACCUAGAUUUGCAAAAGAUAAAGGAGCAGUACAAGAGGUACAACUUCUCCUUUAGCGAUGUUGAUGAGGAGGGGGAAGUCCAAAACGUGGAGGAGUCGAGACAGUCAGAGGGAUACGCGAACACAGGGGAAGACGAAAUUUACGAGAGUAAGGAAAAGGAACCCACUGAUAAUUCGCACGAGGGGGGAGUAGGUGGGGAGGAAGAGAACGGUGGUACAAAGGACGUCGCGAGUGAAAUCUCGCAUGAUGACAAGCACAUGUGUGACGCGGUCGACGGUGAGGACGCAGACCACAAGAAGAACACUCCAAAUAAAGUUAAAAAAAAGAAGAAAAAAAAAAAGAGCGCAAAAAAAGGAAAAACAUAUUCUGAGCAUUGCGACGGUGCGGGUGUCGGAGGUGAUGGUAACGGAGAUGGAGACGCAGGCGGCGACGAUAGGAGUGUUCCCAGUGGCGGACAAGGGGGCAGUGGUGACGACGCGCAGAGUAAUCCCAACUUUGUGGCCACCCCCCCUGGGGAAGCCCCUGGAGCAGAAGAUGGCGAACAUAAUGUGGAGACGACAAAAAUGGAAUACAUCCCAAACGAAAAACAGAACAACCAGGACAGACUUGAACUGAACGAAUGUAACAGCGCAGCCGAGACGGGUGUGCCGUCGGGCAAAGACGAAGUCGAACGCGAGGAGAGGAUGAGGAGGAAAAAAUUGCUCAAGCAAAAUAUUUGUAACUUAAAUAAUAAGGGGAAAGAUAGCCAGAACGGUGCAGAAAAUUUUGACGCAAACGCUGCAGCACAGAAUGAAGACACUUGGACGCAUGCUAACCUGCACAAGGGGGCGGAAAACGUGAACGACGUGGGGAACCCCUCAUAUGGGGACCUCUCGGAGGAAGUAAGGAACAUAAUAAACUCGAAUGACAGUGAUGGGGAGGAUGAGAACCACUUGGAGUUUGACCAUUACUUGAGCAAAUUGCACAAUUUGAAGAGCCUGCUUAGACAGGAGGCCAUUCAGAGCGAUGAAGACGUCGGAGGUGAAACGGCACAGCCGCGCGACAAACAGGUGCACACUGCCGAAGGGACACGGAAAAAUUCGUCGAGUAGCUUCGAAGUGGAGGAGGCGGGUUGUGCGACAGGGCCAACAGGGGAAGGACAAGUUGAAGGACACGACACCCUGGAUGCAGAUGAUGUGGGCAAUUUGGACGACCCGAACCAUGCGGACAAUGCGACUGCUGCAGACGACUGGCCCAGUGCGAACCCCCCAAAGGAGUUUCUUCCCCGCGCGAGGGCGCGUAAGAGGGGUCCCGUCGUAGAGGCGACGGUCGAGGAGCAGCCGGUCCAAGUGGAGAUGUUCGCCGAAAGGAACAGCCGACUCAAAAGGGAAGUGAAAAGUUUACAAAGAGAAAUGAUCAGAUACAAAAAAAUGGAAAAGACAUUUCACAAAAACAAAGAAAAAUAUAAAACAAAAUUAACACUAAUUAAGGAAUAUGAAAAGAAAAUAGACCACAUGAUAAUGGACCUGAAAAAGUUAAAGGACACAUGUACAAGCAAAGACAAAAAAUUAACAAAAUUUGAACAAGUAGUAAAAUACAUGAAUGAGCAGUUUGCCAUGAGUAAGAUCCAAUUCGAAAAUAAAAUGAAUGAAUAUGUCCUGUUCCUAAAGAAAAAGGAUUCCGAAAUUUACAUGUUAAAGGAGAUCAUAAAGGAAAAGGAAAAAAUUGUUACCUUUAAUGAAAGCAUUCUGAAGCAGUACAAAAACGACAUUGAUGAUAUGUUAAGGCAAAAUAUCGAGCGAGUGGAACAUGUUAAGGUGAAACUGAAGACACAGCAAGAUCUCAUCACAGAAAAGGAAAGUAAAAUUAAAACACUUGAACAGGAUGUUAGGAGCUACAAUGAUCAGUUGAAUAAAAUGGACGAGAAAAUGAAGAAAGUUAUGUACGAAAAAGAGAUGAACGAGGACAAGAAGAAAGAAGUAGAGAGCAAUUAUCACAAGGAGAAAAAAAAAAACGCCGAUCUUACUAAUCAAGUGGAGCAACUCCAGAGGGAAAACAAAGAUUUACAUUACAAAGUGGAAAGUUUGCUGCAGAGCGAAAAAAAUAUUAUGAACGGCAAGGUAGAAUUGGCCCAAAGCCAACAGGUGUUAAGCAUGGAGAAUGAAAAAAUGAAAAAGGAGAAGGAACUACUCCUAAAUGAGAACACGCAAAUUCAGGAGAAGUGCAAUGUGCUCAGCGCGGAAAAUGAGAAAAUUAACAACCAGAUAAAAGUCCUCCAAAGGGAAAAAAAGGAACAGGACAAGGAGAUAACCAGAUCGAGCGAAGACGUAAUCAAGCUGAGGGAGGAGUUUUCCAAAUUGCAGGAGAAACACUCAAAAUUGAAAGAAGAAAAGGACGAAAUUGAGGGGAAAAGUCUCACCCAGGAGGCAGAAAAAGACACCUUGCAAAAUGCGCUAGAAGAAACGAAGCGCAACAUGGAAGAGUGCUUGAGGGAAAAUGGAAAGAUGAAAGGCAUGUUGGAUGAAAUGACCUCCAAAAAUGAGGAGCUUUUCUCCAAGAAGGAACAGGAAGAACAAAGGCUCAGGGAACAUAUUAAAGAUCUGGAAGACAAAUUGGAAGAGCAAAACAUGCUUUACUGCAAGGAAAAAGAAGUCAUACAAAAUCUGAGUAAGGAAAAAAAUAAAUUCAUUAAAGAAUGCGAACGGUUAAAAAGUAGAAAUAAAAAAAUAAUGUCCAAGUUGAAGGAAAACGAAAUGAAAAAUAAAGAAAAGAUGGAAGAAAUUGAAAAAGACAAACAGCAAUCUGUGCAGAAGGAAAAAAAUAAUUUCGAACAAAAGGUACAUUCACUGGAAGAAGCCUUCCAAAACACAUACAACGAACUACAGGAAGAGAAAAACUCUCUAACGGAAGAGCUGCAUGACGUUAAAAUGACCAAUGAAGAGUUGAAAAAAAAGGCGCAAAAUCUUCUCAACGUCAAUGAGGUCCUAAUGAAAGAAAUGAAAACCUACAAUGAAGAGAAAGAUAAAUUCAUUAAAGGGUUGAAGAACAUCAAAUUGGCUUACCUCAAGAUGAGAAAUGAAAACGAACAGCUAAAGAAGGACGCUUUUGCAUAUAUUAAAAAGGACGUCGAGGAAAACUACAUCCCCCUCUCUGCACACAACCAGCUCUUACAAGAACAGAAGAGUUUGAUUGAGGAGAAAGACACGCUUCAGGCGCAGCUGAAGGAAAAAGAGACCCUCAUCGCACAGUUGCAUAAGGACAAAACAGACUUGGACGAAAAUGUGACCAGACUUUCCAAGGAAAACGACGAGCUCAGCACGAACAUUCGCGUCAAGAAUAAGAUUACGGAGGAUGUCACGGCCAACGUGGAGAAACUAAAAACGGACCUCAACAGCAAGGACGAAGAAGUGAAGAAAAAAGUGCUCGAAGUUAAAAAGAUGGAGCGCGACUACAAAAAGCUUCUAGACGAUUACAAAAGUGAAAAGACAAGUUUAAUUUCAAAGUACGAAAACGAGCUGGACGACUACCUACGAAAGUGUGAAUUGGCACAUGCCAAGUAUAAGAAGUGCGAGGAAGAGAUCAAGGAACUGAAAAAUAAGCUCAAGAUGAAGGACGAUGUGAUAGAAUACACACACAAGGAAAUUGAAAACAUUAAGGAGUCCUUCUGCAACGAAUACGAAUGCAAAAUUAAGGACGUCGUGGAGGAGAAGGACAAGGAGGUGUACGCCAUACAGAGGAGGUGCAAGGAGCUACACGAGAACAACAACAUGAAUAAAAAGGAAAUCGCCAAGCUAAACAAACUGCUGCAAGACGCAAAUAAGAAAAUAAAGAAGAGAGACAUGGAAAUGUACAUACUGCUGGAAGAAAACAAAAAACAGAAGGAGAAGGCAGCCAAAAAAAUGACCAAGGUGAACGAGCUCCUUAACAACCUGCAGAAGGAGUACACGGAUAGUAUUCCGUGA